UCGCCCUUUUGAAAUGUUGACACCGAUUUGAUAAAACCGCAACAUUUUGUCCACGUUUCAUUAUUUGAUUUUAGAAUGUCAAACAUAUAUGCGUGAAUCGAACCUACCGUUCAAAGAACACCAUCCGAUAGUUAACCUUGUGGAUGCUACUUCUCCGCGGACCCUCUGUCAUGGCGCAUUAAUCAGCCCUCGAUUCGUCCUGACAACCACGCGAUGCGCUGAGAAAACAAAAAGAGUCUUCAUCCACUACGGUGCCCACAACAGUUCGGAUUGGUUUGCAAACGCGAGAGAUCAUAUCGAACCCAUGGAUAACAAAAUUGCCCUGAUCGAACUCGAUCGGGAUGUUAAGGACUCUACAAACGUUUUAGUUUGUCUGUAUUCGAGCAUCUCCCGCCAGGACGCCGUCAACUAUACGACCCGGAUAGCGCAUACCGAUUCAUUUGUCCGCCUUGAAGGAAUACGAGUUCAGUAUCAGAUCAAUACACCAUUGCGUGUGCUGUACUACUGUUCGCGCUAUCUUCAUCAUGGUCACUUCACCAGCCCUGGCGAUGUACUCGUCAUCAAAAAUGAGGAUGAACGAUUCUAUCGGGUGAUGGGUGUGUUGGAGAAUGAGUUGGAUUGUAAGCCAUUCGAUUAUUUCUAUGAACGAGAGAAAGCGGUGCAGGCGAUUAAUGUCGAAAUCUAUCUUCCAUGGAUCGAAGACGUUGUUUGGGGGGAGAUAACUAACUAA